GGCCGGCCGCGGCGGCGGGCAGAGAAAGUGCGGCGCCGGCCGCGGCGCGGCAAGGCGAGGUCGGGGUGAGGCGCGCGCCCGCCCGCGAGCACAAAAACGGCGCGUCGCCGUGCGGCGCUCGCCAGUCGCACCGUGAACGUGCCCCAACCAGCACUCGCCAGAGCGCGGCUUUCCCGCGCGCCAGCGUCGAGCGUUCGAGUCGGCGGCCCCCGCCAAGCAGCGAGACCGCGCGCACGAGCGUUCAAGUCACUGCGUUGUGCAGGACACUCCAGCCGCUGCUGUCUGCUGCAAGCACGGGCCGUCAUUCCUCUAUCAUGGCGUCGGAUUAGUAAUAAUCUCUGGAGACAGGUCGUGCACAAACUCUCUUUACGAAUCAUACGCAACCCGUAAUUUGCAGCAGAAGAAGAGAGAAGGCGGAGGGAUCUGCUGGCAUCCAUGAGUUGUGCUCGUCUCCCGCGCCGAGGCUGAGGGAGCUCCGAGAGCCGUCUCGUGUGGAUGUGUGCCGCGACCGCGACUCAUGAAGGCUUGCUGCGACAGAAGAUACAGAAAAAACCUUCCGCCGUGACCCUAGUUAAAAAUAAACAUACAUUUACCAAAAUGUGCCUUGAAUGAGAAGACAUCAAAUAAUGGCGCAAACAACUGUUUCCAUCGGUUGUUGCCUUUAGGAAAUGCUGACCUAUAAAUAUUUCUACGUUUUGCCCCCACAAUGACUUAUGUUACAUCUAAUACUUCAAUAUCCCAUGAAUCCAACUGUUGUAGAAGAAGGCACAAAAUGACUUUACUAGCAUUUCUAGGACAUCCCGAAGAUUUUGGUGAUAGUCUGGUUUCAGGACGCACCAAUAUACAAAGCUAUUUGACUGAAGACUGUAUUCCCGCAAAUGUGAUCUUAAAAUAGUUUUUUAUUAUCAGAAAGAUAAUACGCUGUUACUUCUGAAAUGGAGUCAAAGAAAGGAAAUGAAACCAGAAAAGCGCUGUCCAACCAAAUGGAUAAGGAUGGGGAGUGUAAGAUGACUGUGAUAUUAGAUCCAGAGUCGAUAGCAAACCUUACUCUCGGAUGCUGUAGAAACCCAUGCAAUAAGGGCCCAAAUCUAUCGACUCAGGAUACAACUCGUACAAAUGUAGAGAAUGGUAGCUCAAAGAAUCAAAAUGAUCACCGAAACGAGAAACAUAAUUCAGAUAGUGGAACUGUUUCCAGAUUAAUGGGACCAAAUCAAAAUCUUCCAACAAAUGAAAAUUUUUCCCCAUUAAAAACAAAUUCGAUCAAAGCACUUAACAGCUCAAGCAAAGUUGAUGAACGCGAUGGGAACUGUCACCCCUCUUCAACUCUUAAGCUGGACACUCCAGUAACUUCUCAUUUGCUUCUGGGAACAAGCAAAGUUUCAGGCCGAAAAUCUCUGGAACAUAAAAGUUCAGCAGUUACAACUACGACCGAUGAUAGCGACUAUAGACCAGAAUAUAACCAUCCAAAAUCGUGUCCUUCAGGCAACGGUGUAAAAUCAUCAUACAUAUCAAUUCAUUCAGUGCCUUCAGCAUCAGCUACAAGUUCCAAUUUUUUUCCCGCGGAGGGCGAAAUAAAGCUCCCACACAAUCAUGCCACAGUGGACCCGAUGACCGACCAGGUAGACGGCGGUAAAGCAGCAUCAACCUCUUCUAUGCGGAAUUGGGAUGCAGAUGCUCAUCUGGCCACCUCGGACACAACGAGUGACUCUAUUGGCAGGCGCAAGUUCCCAACUCGCGAGCAUCUGUUGAACGCAAGGAAGCACAUGCCAGUGUUGAUGCACGCGAAAAGCCAAGCCAUCGAUAUGCCAUCCACCUACCAUAGCUACCCACACUCAACAUACGUUUCUCCCAGUUCUUCACCACGCACAACACGGCCAAGUCCCAAGAUGAUGGAGAGCUUGGGGGCUAGCACUGACAAGAGUGGACAGUACCUUCAGCUGAGACAAUACCGCCUCAUGGAAUCCAUUGGCCAGGGCUCCUACGGAAUCGUCAAGUUGGCGUACAACGAGGAAGACGAAUCUCUCUAUGCCAUGAAGAUUCUGUCAAAAAGGAAGUUACUUAGGAAAGCUGGAGUGUUUGGGAGGCCCGCUCCAAGCCGCAGGUCCGCGGGCAAGAAGCCCGGCGGCAGCCCUCUGGAGCGCGUCUACCGCGAGAUCGCCGUGCUCAAGAAGCUCGACCACCCCAAUGUCGUGAAGCUGGUGGAGGUGCUCGAUGACCCGGCAGAGGACCACCUCUACUUGGUGUUCGAGCUGCUGGAGAAAGGCGAGGUUCUCAGCAUACCCACGGACAAGCCCUUGUCGGAGGAGACGGCGCGCACCUACUUCAGGGAAGUGGUGCAAGGCAUCGAGUACCUGCACUACCAGCGCAUCAUCCACCGCGACAUCAAGCCGUCCAACCUGCUGCUGGGCGAGGACGGCCGCGUGCUCAUCGCCGACUUCGGCGUGUGCAACGAGUUCCACGGCAGCGACGCGACGCUCAGCUCCACGGCGGGCACUCCGGCCUUCACGGCCCCCGAGGCGCUCAAGGGCGGGGUCUUCAGCGGCAAGGCAGCCGAUAUUUGGUCCAUGGGCAUCACGUUGUAUGCUUUCGUCCACGGAUACCCGCCUUUCUACGACGACAACGUCCUGACACUUUACCGAAAGAUUCAGAACGAGCCCGUGAAGUUCGCCGAGUCUUCUACAAUAAGCGAUGACUUGAAAGACCUCAUCGUAAGAAUGCUCCAGAAAGACCCGACUCAGCGGAUAACAUUGCCCGAGAUAAAGAUGCACCCCUGGGUGACGUGCCGCGGCGCCGCUCCAUUGCCCUCGCUCGAAGAGAACUGCGAGCUGGUGGAGGUGACGGACGAAGAAGUGAUGCAGGUGGUGCAGUCCAUCCCAAAGCUCGACACCCUCAUCCUCAUCAAGACUAUGCUCAAGAAACACUCCUUCCAGAACCCCUUCUCGCAGAGACGCCGCUGCCUGGCCAGCGCCGCGACGCCGCUGGGCCGCGACCAGACGGACAAAAGGCGGACGGACAAGUUCCAGAGAUGCGGCAGGUCGCACUCCGCCCCCGGCUCCUACGACCUGCUGGAUGGGUUGGUCUCAUCUCCUCACGUCUCCUCCAGGGGCGACGCUGGCCUCGAGUUGUCUCGGGGGACCAUCACAGUACCUCCCUCCACGAAUCCAGUGGUUCAUGAAAACCUCUGUGGACGCAUCUCUUCCGUCAGUUAAAGAAGUUCCGCCUCCAGAACUCACAAAACGCGAGAGACACAAAAAUUAACAAGAAACCUCGUGAACAUCUGCUGCAGAGACACAAAACUAAGUAACCUUCAAAAGUAUUUUCACUGUUGAAAUGUUACUGUGCAUUUACUGCAUUUAUUAAAUUUUCUUGCUCAUGGUGUACUAUAUGUAUUCAAGAAUGGUACCAAAACUUUUAUACCCAUUACCGCUGUUUUUCACUUUAAAAUAUUAUGCACUUAAAAGGCAUCGUAUCUGUGUGUAAUAUUCUUGUUGUAAAUGAUCUUUAUGUUACGUUAUAGCAUAUAUGUUCAAUUGUCAUGUUUUUUUUUUUAAAUUGUGUGCCUUUGAACUGCUUGGUGCGCCAGUAAUCUACUGUUAUGAACAUCGCUCUUUAGACUAUGAUGUGUGUAACUGGCAAUUAUAAAAAUAUAUAUAUAUAUAUUGUUCAAUACUGUUAUUAAAAAAGUUUAUUCCUUCAGCUAAAA